CUCAGCUCAGCUACCUUUAACUACAUGGAGAAAACACGCAACAGACGUUCGGAGGAGACACCGGAGCUUCACAAACAGGAAUCAGGAUGGUCUAUACCGCGGCUCUGCUCUUUGGACACGGACUUACCGUCCCGGCGGAGGAAAACAGCGUCGUAGACAUGAUCGGAAAGUACUUCAGCCAGCUCACAUCCCCGGGCACGACGAGCAGCUGUGCCCGGCGGGGAAGCGUCGAGAGCUGCGAUGAGAGAGACAGCAACUCACUUUUAUCUGACCUGGAUGUUGGUUUGGAGCAUGAUCAGCGGCUCCUUCAGCAGGACGUGACCCGGCAGAUCGAGCGUUGCCUGACGGAGGCCAAGGCUUCCAUCCUCCUCUGCCAGGUGCUGCUGCUGCCUCGCCACAUGACCGCCAGGGUCGGCCAGGACGUGGUGCGCGCCUCUGCUGAUGAGCCCUGUGGGCUUCGGGGGGCCUCCAUCACGCUCUACGUUGAGGGCAAAGACGGCCUGAAGUCCGUGGGGAGCGUCUUCCCCGACCCAACUGUCACUCCGACCUUUGAACUGUCUGUGGUCUUCAAGGCGGAUAAGGAUGAUGGCUGGCCGCCACUCAAGCACAUCUUCGAUUCCAACAAGGUGCUGAAGCUGAGAGCGGAGUACAGGCUGGUGAAGAGGAAGCUGUACUCCUCUGCCAGUCCUGUUGUUCAUGAUUUCAACUAGCUUGUGAAGCUGAGAAUGUAAACCCGUUACACCUCUUUUUUUUGUGUUUCAAAUGUCCAGCUGCAUACUGACAAGCAUUUUCUGGCGUGCACAGAAAAAUACUGGACUUCCUGUAUUCUGUUUGUAACUCUAAAGAUUGUUCUUUGUCAUGUAUGAAUGUGUAACUGUGAAUACUUGCACAGUGUUUUGCACAGAACGGUUGAAUGUUAAAAGUUGUACACUGUAAACUUGCAAAAUUCAUUCCAGGAUUGGGCCGGUCUCGGUCCUGAUGUGUGCUUCGUUAUUUAUGCAACUGUUUAAUAAAUUUUUUUUACACUA